GCCUCUGAGCUCCCUGCUCGACGCACGCUGAGCGCUGGCCCUUUAAGAGACCAGCCCUCCUCGCUCUGACAGUUCCAGGGCGAUGGCUCUGUUAAAAAGCUCUGAGCCGCUUCAUCUCCAAUUCAUUGUGUGGUGCAUCUGCAAAAGAGGCUGCAGGAACCAUGAGCCGUAAAGUUGUGAGGUCCAGUAAGUUCCGCCAUGUCUAUGGACAACCGGUCAAGGCUGACCAGUGUUACGAUGACAUCCGUGUGUCCCAGAUGACGUGGGAUGGGAAUUUUUGCUCUGUCAACCCCAAAUUCCUGGCCAUCGUUGUGGAAGCUAGUGGCGGAGGAGCCUUCCUGGUCUUGCCAUUGUCCAAGACUGGCCGCCUGGAUAAGGCAGCCCCGGUGGUCUCGGGCCACACAGCCCCCGUGCUGGAUGUGGAGUGGUGCCCCCACAAUGACCACAUCAUUGCCAGUGGAUCUGAGGACUGCAGCGUUAUGGUCUGGGCAGUGCCUGAAGCCGGCCUCGUGAGGUCCUUGAGCGAUCCUCUGGUGACCCUCGAAGGCCACUCCAAGCGGGUGGGGAUUGUCACGUGGCACCCGACGGCGCAGAACCUCCUGCUGAGCGCAGGCUGUGACAAUGCAGUGACGGUCUGGGACGUGGGGGUCGGGCAGGCGGCCCUCUCCAUGGACGAGAUGCACCCAGACGCCAUCUACAGCGCGGCCUGGAACCAGGACGGGUCGCUGCUGUGCACAGCCUGCCGGGACAAACGCGUUCGGGUGUUUGACCCGCGAGCGGGAGGCACCGUUGCCAACGAGCUGCCCCGCCCCCACGAGGGCUCACGUCCUGUCCGGGCGAUUACUGUCAACGAUGGAAAGCUCUUCACAACGGGCUUCAGCCGCAUGAGUGAGCGUCAAGUGGCGCUGUGGGACCUGAGGAAACCUGAGGAGCCAUUAACCCUCCAGGAGCUAGACACAAGCAGCGGAGUCCUUCUGCCUUACUAUGAUCCAGACACCAACGUGGUUUACCUGACCGGCAAGGGAGACAGCAGCAUCCGUUACUUUGAGCUCACGGGAGAGGCGCCCUUUGUGCACUACUUAUCCAUGUUCACCUCCAAGGAGUCGCAGCGAGGAGGAGGCUGGAUGCCCAAGCGAGGCUUGGAUGUCAGCAAAUGCGAGAUUGCCAGGUUUUACAAGCUCCACGAGAGGAAAUGUGAACCCAUUGCAAUGACUGUGCCUCGGAAGUCAGACUUGUUCCAAGAGGACCUGUAUCCUGACACAGCUGGCCCAGAUGCUGCCCUGACCUCCCAAGAGUGGCUGUCGGGGAAGAACGCCAGCCCCAUUCUCAUCUCCCUCAAGGACGGCUACACGCCCCAGAAGACCAGAGAGUUCAAGGUCAACCAGACCCUCCUCCAAGGGCCCAAAAGAAGCCAGCAUUCCCACGAAGGGACAGCGCCAGGGAGUCCAGCUCUGGAGCAGCUCUCGGAGGACCUGAAGCGGCUUCAAGCCACUGUCUCAGAACAGGAACGGCGCAUCUCAGAGCUGGAGCAGAUUGUGAAGAAAUAGCACCCGCCCUUCAACUGCCACCCAACCAAUAGCUGUUCUCCAUCGGUCAUACUGGACUUUGUUUCAUUGGUCUUUUUUAAACCCUUCAGUUUUUUAAAUGGGUGGAUCCUCAGGGCAUUAUUAAGCACCACCCACCCCCAAACUCAGGGCAGAAAGUCAGCCUGCCAGCUCCAAACGGGCUUUGCUUUUGGCUAGCCAGGUUCCACCUGCUGCCUUGGGCAGCACUAAGCUCACCCUCUUGCCAAGUUCUUGCACGCCAGUCGCCUCUCUGCCCCACGACCUGCUGGCGUCCUCCUCCGCAUUGCCUCCCAGCUCCCAGUUUAGAUGCAUGGCACCGCCUCCAUGCUGCUGCCUCCUCUCAGAAAACUUUACCCACCAUCAGGAUUUUUGUAGAAGUGCUGUAGGACCAUCUUCCUGCAGUGGUUUGUCUCACGUUUUAACCAGGGCUGCAAUGUUUCACUGACAAUCAGUUGAACAUUUUGGUUAACUAGGCCGGGGCACAUGUCUAUCGGCCAGCAACUUGCAGAGGGUGGGGUGAGUAAGUACUUCUUUUUAAAAAGCAGGUAGCAAGGGCUCUCUUAGAAGACACAUUCCCCUCCUACGUGUGAGAAGGGAAAUAUCUUUUUAAGAUGUAUGCUGCAACAACCCCAAGUGUGCAUUACCUAAUAAAGUACGCUUGUUUCUUUAGAAGUAUUGUCAUAUGCAAGUUUAUAUGAAUAUUAGUCAAAACUCACGACGAUCAAUCAAGUUUUCUUAUAUUGUGUGGCAGUACUAGUGGGGUUUGCCUAGUACUUAUUUUUAACCUCUUCUUAAACAUCACAGAGACCUCCUCCAGAAAGGUGGGCUAGAAAUUAAUAAUACCAAGUGGCCUGACCUCCCCGUCCCCUCAGUCCAGAAUGCAAUCAGAUAAUACAAGCUCAUCUUUUAAGCACCCAGAGGACAGCAAACACACUCAAAACCCUACUAUUCCCAUUUUUUGUCAUAGGAGUACAUACAGUAGCCAGUCACACCAAGCCGUAAUUCUACAGUUGUUCUGUUUAACCACUAGAGGGCAGCAUAAGAGGGGUUCCCAAACUGCAGUUCCUAGCACAACACAUUACAAUUGCUACAACAGGUGGAGAUUUCGUUAAGUGGUCCACCAAGAGCCUCAGCAAUUUUCAAGUGGUCGGGAAAGUUUGGGAACCACUGUUUUACACCCAGCUGCCCUCCUCUCUCUGUCUCUCUAGCUCAGUCAGUAGAGUAUGAGACUCUUAAUCUCAGGGCUGUGAGUUUGAGCCCCACGUUGAGCAAAAGAUUCCUGCAUUGCAGGGGGUUGGACUAGAUGACCCUUGAGGUCCCUUCUAUCUCUUGGGACUUUAAAAUCUGACUCUAUAUUUGCAAGAACAAUCCCACCUCAUUUACCGCUUCUUUAAGGGCCAAGACUUCUUUUAACAAUCAAUGGCAGGGGGGUGGGAGAGAAAGAGAAGAGAUCAAGCAAUGAUCUCCUACCAACAAAAA